UCCACUUCUCGGUUUCUUCCUAGGAAGAGAAGAAGGCCAGCAAAGGUCCCGGCCCCGUCUGCGAGUGUCAGAUUUCAAACUCAGCAUUAGCCACUCAGAGAGCAGUGCGAUGCUGGGGACCUGCCUCAGACUCCUGGUGGGUGCUCUGUGUGGUGCCUGCAGCCUGGGCACUGUUGGAGCCUACCCUGACACCUCCCCUCUGCUUGGCUCCAACUGGGGCAGCCUGACUCACCUGUACACGGCUACAGCCAGGAACAGCUAUCACCUACAGAUCCACAAGGAUGGCCAUGUAGAUGGCACACCCCACCAGACCAUCUACAGUGCCCUGAUGAUCAGAUCAGAGGAUGCCGGCUUCGUGGUCAUAACAGGAGCCGCAACUAGAAGGUUCCUUUGUAUGGAUCUCAGAGGCAACAUUUUUGGAUCGCAUCACUUCAGCCCGGAGAACUGCAGGUUCCGCCAGUGGACUCUGGAGAAUGGCUACGACGUCUACCUGUCGCCGCAGCAUCACUACCUAGUAAGCCUGAGCCGCGCCAAGCGCCCCUUCCAGCCUGGCACCAACCCGCCGCCCUUCUCGCAGUUCCUGGCGCGCAGGAACGAGGUCCCCCUGCUGCGCUUCCACACCGCGCGACCACGGCGCCACACGCGCAGCGCUGAGGACCCUCCCGAGCGCGACCCGCUCAACGUGCUCAAGCCGCGGCCCCGUGCCACGCCGAUGCCCGUAUCCUGCUCGCGGGAGCUGCAGAGCGCGGAGGAAGGCGGGCCCGCGGCCAGUGACCCACUGGGCGUUCUGCGCAGAGGCCGCGGGAAUGCUCGAGGGGGUGCAGGAGGCGCGGACCGCUGCCGCCCCUUUCCCAGGUUCGCCUAGGCCACCAACCGGGCGGCCUCAGCCUCCAUCUUCCAAUCGGCUCAGCCCACGUGCAAGGUGGAAGGUUGGGGUGCCUGCUUCUCUCCCUUCCCUUUGGGCCUGAGAGUCACCUGCGAGGUCCCAGCCAGGCAUUACCAUUAGGAAUAAGACCCAACAGUGGGAGGCUGGAGAGAUGGCUCAGAGCUUAAGAUCCUGUGCUGCUCACGCAGAGGACAGUUCUCAGCACCCAUAACUACCAGCCCCAGGAAAAUCUGAUGCUUCUAGCUUGCCUGGGCACCUGCACUUACAAGCACAACACCCCCCCCCACACACACAUACAAGUAAUUUAUUAUGUUAAUCUGUUAUAAAUAUCCCAUCAGGUAAACUAGACACUUAGCUUUUUUUUUUAAAAAAACUAACAGGUAAACUUGGCUUUUAUUAGCCUCUCUGUUGCCUAGCAUUCUCACCGGUCAAUUAGAAUUAAAAAAAAGAUGGUCCAGAGUUCACACCUUGAGCACAGGGAAGAGGCUAUCGCUACAGCUUUUUGUUACUGUGCUGGGACCCAUAUGGGUUUUUUGCAUUUGAGCACCUUAAUGGCGUCACUGGGCAAGCUGAAGAAAGAAAACCCUGAUUUCUUCUUGCUGGAAAAGGCUGACAAGGAGAGGCAAACGCGCGGUGACCGGAAGCACGUUCCACAAAGUUCAGCCUCUAUGCCAGAUUCGCAGAACUAGUUCUGACCCUGCUCUGUUUCCAGCACUCUUGAGUAGGACGUCCUUUUCUGCCGCCCUGGUUUAGGAAUGUCCACCUUGCCAGGUGUUCUGCAAAACGCAAAUGCACGAACUCUCUGUAGAGGCGUUUUUGUGAAAGCCUCCUCCGCCAGCAGAUUGAGUUGUGAUACGUUCUAGGCGAACUGUGGAAAUGUGUCAGGACAGGAGCAAGAGUCCUUGAGA